UCUCAUUCCUCCUCUUUCUCUCUCUCUUUCUCUCAUUCUUGAAAAUUUCAUAAAGAAAAGUGUUUUUUUGUGUGUGUCUGCCACUAAUCCCAUUAAUGGCACAACUUCCUCCAAAGAUCCCAACCAUGACGACUACGACGCCGCAUUGGCCUGACUUUUCCUCCCAAAAACUACCUUCCAUCGCCGCAACCGCCGCAGCCACCGCGGGACAACAAAACCCUUCAUGGAUGGACGAGUUUCUCGACUUCUCAUCGACUCGCCGUGGGACACACCGUCGCUCAAUAAGCGACUCCAUCGCGUUCCUAGAAACUCCUUCCUCCGGCGUAGGAAGCCAUCACUUCGACAGGUUCGACGAUGAGCAGUUCAUGUCCAUGUUCAACGAUGACGUACACCAAAACCACAACAAUGCGGGUCCCACGCGUUCUUCUUCCAACACCUCCACGCCGUCCAGCGACGAUGACAUUAACAAAGAACCACCACCGUCCGAUCAUAAUCACAUGGACACCACACCCGUUUCCAACAACGUCGGCGGUAACAUUAAUAACAAUGAAACAGACGAGGUUCAAAGCCAAUGCAAGACGGAGCCGCAAGAUGGUCCGUCGGAAAAUCAGGACUCCGGUGGUAGCUCCGGGAACCGUAUUCACGACCCCAAAAGGGUAAAAAGAAUUUUAGCAAAUAGGCAAUCAGCACAGAGAUCAAGGGUGAGGAAACUGCAAUACAUAUCAGAGCUUGAACGGAGCGUUACUUCAUUGCAGACGGAAGUGUCAGUGUUAUCGCCAAGAGUUGCGUUUUUGGAUCACCAGCGAUUGCUUCUCAACGUCGACAAUAGCGCUAUCAAGCAACGAAUCGCCGCUUUAGCACAAGACAAGAUUUUCAAAGACGGUAACUUUACUAUUUCUCACCAAGAAGCAUUGAAGAGAGAAAUAGAGAGACUUCGUCAAGUAUAUCAUCAACAGAGUCUCAAGAAGAUGGAGAAUAAUGUAUCCGACCAAUCGCCGGCCGAUACCAAACCGUCCGUUGAGAAAGAGCAGCUCCUUAAUGCCUAAAGCUGUUUCAUUCAUUAAGAUCUUAUCUCUUUAUGGUGAAAUAAUUCUUGACUAUAAAACCUCUUUUGUGUCAAGCAAUUAUUUUAUCAAAUAAGAAGACCUUUUUAUUUAAUCCAGUCACAUUUUUUUAUGUUGUGAUGAAUUUGCUUUGAUGUUUCUGAUUUUUUUUUAUGGAUUGAGAGGGGAAAUUGGGAAUGAUAUGUACAAAGAAAUUAGCUGAUUUGUUGUUUAUUCAGUAUAUUUUGUUGGAGUGUCUAAUUAAGCAUUGUGUCUAAUUAACUGAAAUUGUUUG